GAUUUUGUUUUUAAUUAUCUGUAUGGUGAGGGAAAAAUCUUAAUUAACUUAAUCUCACACUAAAAUAUUAAAGAAAUUUUAAUUUUGCCUUUUUACCAUUAGUAUUUUAUUUUAUUUUUUUGACAACAAAUUCACAGCACUCUGCAUCUAGUACAUAUGUGCAAUCCUUUAAAGAAGACUUUAUUAUUAUUGGCACACACACAUUACAGUACAGUGGAAUUCGUCACAUAUCCCAGCUGAGGAGGUUGGAGUCAGCGCACAGGGGCAGCUUUGGAGCAGAGAUUAAGGACCUUUUAGGACCCAACAGUCCAGGAGCUGAAGGUGGACGUGGACUUUCCUGGAGAUGAUAUUCUGCAGAUUUACUCCCCAGAUGUCCAGCACUGUCAGCUGGCCUGCACACAACACCCUUCCUGCUUGUUCUUCACGUUUUUACGCUCUGAUUGGGACAAAGACAACAGGGCCUUUUACUGCUACCUGAAGCACACAGCCACUGGAUCCCCGUCUCAGGUUGCAAAGCUGAAGGGUGUGACCUCAGGCUUCAAGCUCAUGCACCAGGGUAACAAAACAAAUAACUGUUUGCCAUUGACAUAUCAGGACGUAGAUUUCACAGGAUCAGUCUAUGUCCAGUUGAACUUAAAUACUUCUGAUGAGUGCCAGCAGAAAUGCACCAGAGAUCCAGACUGCAAAUUUUUUUCAUUCACAACAACGACCUUCCCACAUGCAGAAAACAGGAAAAAGUGCUUCCUCAAAUUCCACUCGACUUUUUCCACACCAUCAGUACUCAUAAAAACACCGGGUCUUGUGUCAGGGUUUUCAGAUUCAUUGUAUAAGACUAAAGAAAAAUGUAAGGAGGAGAUCUUUGCUAACAUACACUACAGAGGAAAUGACUUUGAGAACAUCCCGGCUGUCUCACCUCAACACUGUCAGUUUUUGUGUAGCGCACAUCCCCGCUGCACACAUUUCACCUACACAACUUCCAAAUAUUCUACAAAGCCUGAAAUCAACAUGCAUUGUUUCCUAAAGCAUACAGACAGUGUAAGACAGCUAGAGCCAGUAAAAGAAGAAGAACUUUUUUCUGGAUUUCCAACACGAAAUUGCACGCCCUCAAAUGUUUGGGUAACAGCACGCUAUGAAGGCCUGCACUUCUUUGGACAUGAUUACCGUGACUUUAAAACAAAUACAUCUGAGAUCUGUCGAGAAACGUGCACAAACGAUCCAGACUGCCAUUUUUACACUUAUGUCCUACCUUCUUACCGUGAUAAAGGCAUCAGGAAAAAGUGCUUCCUCAAAUACCGCUGGAGUGUUUCAACACCAUCAGUACUCAUAAAAACCCCGGGUCUUGUGUCUGGGUUUUCAGAUUCAUUGUAUAAAUCUAAGGGAUUAAAGAAAGAAUGUAAGGAGGAGAUCUUUGCUAACAUACACUACAGAGGAAAUGACAUUGAGAACAUCCCGGCUGUCUCACCUCAACACUGUCAGUUUUUGUGUGGCGCACAUCCCCGCUGCACACAUUUCACCUACACAACUUCCAAAUAUUCUACAAAGCCUGAGAUCAACAUGCAUUGUUUCCUAAAGCAUACAGACAGUGUAAGUCAGCUAGAGCCAGUAAAAGAGGAAGAACUUUUUUCAGGAUUUCCAACAAGAAAUUGCACGCCCUCAAAUGUUUGGGUAACAGAACGCUUUGAAGGCCUUGACUUCUUUGGACAUGAUUACCGUGAUUUUAAAACAAAUACAUCUGAGAUCUGUCGAGAAACGUGCACAAACGAUCCAGACUGCCAUUUUUACACUUAUGUCCUACCUUCUCACCAUGAUGAGAAUAUCAGGAAAAAGUGCUUUCUCAAAUACCGCUGGACUUUUUCAACACCAUCAGUACUCAUAAAAACACCGGGUCUUGUGUCAGGGUUUUCAGAUUCAUUGUAUAGGACUAAAGAAAAAUGUAAGGAGGAGAUCUUUGCUAACAUACACUACAGAGGAAAUGACUUUGAGAACAUCCCGGCUGUCUCACCUCAACACUGUCAGUUUUUGUGUAGCGCACAUCCCCGCUGCACACAUUUCACCUACACAACUUCCAGAUAUUCUACAGAGCCUGAGAUCAACAUGCAUUGUUUCCUAAAGCAUACAGACAGUGUAAGCCAGCUAGAGCCAGUAAAAGAAGAAGAACUUUUUUCUGGAUUUCCAACACAAAAUUGCACUCCCUCUAAUGUUUGGGUAACAGAACGCUAUGAAGGCCUGCACUUCUUUGGACAUGAUUACCGUGACUUUAAAACAAAUACAUCUGAGAUCUGUCGAGAAACGUGCACAAACGAUCCAGACUGCCAUUUUUACACUUAUGUCCUACCUUCUUACCGUGAUACAGGUGUCAGGAAAAAGUGCUUCCUCAAAUACCGCUGGAGUGUUUCAGCACCAUCAGUACUCAUAAAAACACCGGGUCUUGUGUCAGGGUUUUCAGAUUCAUUGUAUAAAUCUAAGGGAUUAAAAGAAGAAUGUAAGGAGGAGAUCUUUGCUAACAUACACUACAGAGGAAAUGACAUUGAGAACAUCCCGGCUGUCUCACCUCAACACUGUCAGUUUUUGUGUGGCGCACAUCCCCGCUGCACACAUUUCACCUAUACAACUUCCAAAUAUUCUACAAAGCCUGAGAUCAACAUGCAUUGUUUCCUAAAGCAUACAGACAGUGUAAGCCAGCUAGAGCCAGUAAAAGAAGAAGAACUUUUUUCUGGAUUUCCAACACGAAAUUGCGCUUCCUCAAAUGUUUGGGCAACAGAACGCUAUGAAGGCCUUGACUUCUUUGGACAUGAUUACCGUGAUUUUAAAACAAAUAUAUCUGAGAUCUGUCGAGAAACGUGCACAAACGAUCCAGACUGCCAUUUUUACACUUAUGUCCUACCUUCUUACCAUGAUGAGAAUAUCUGGAAAAAGUGCUUUCUCAAAUACCGCUGGACUUUUUCAACACCAUCAGUACUCAUAAAAACACCGGGUCUUGUGUCAGGGUUUUCAGAUUCAUUGUAUAGGACUAAAGAAAAAUGUAACGAGGAGAUCUUUGCUAACAUACACUACAGAGGAAAUGACUUUGAGAACAUCCCGGCUGUCUCACCUCAACACUGUCAGUUUUUGUGUAGCGCACAUCCCCGCUGCACACAUUUCACCUACACAACUUCCAAAUAUUCUACAAAGCCUGAGAUCAACAUGCAUUGUUUCCUAAAGCAUACAGACAGUGUAAGCCAGCUAGAGCCAGUAAAAGAAGAAGAACUUUUUUCUGGAUUUCCAACACGAAAAUGCACUCCCACAAAUGUUUGGGCAACAGAACGCUAUGAAGGCCUUGACUUCUUUGGACAUGAUUACCGUGAUUUUAAAACAAAUACAUCUGAGAUCUGUCGAGAAACGUGCACAAACGAUCCAGACUGCCAUUUUUACACUUAUGUCCUACCUUCUCACCAUGAUGAGAAUAUCAGGCAUAUAUGUUAUUUGAAGCAAGUCAUGACUCUACCCAGACCUGAAAAGGUGGUGUACAGUUAUGGUGUGACAUCUGGCUUCUCUCUGAGGGACUGUAAAUCUAGUGGGAAUUAAUCUACUGCCCACUUUCCUAUGUUCCUUUAAGUGUUAUAAAAACAGUAAUAGUCUUGAGCCUAGGCCAGAAAGAUACAAUGACAUGAAAUAUAGGUCUAUUGAUUUUGAUGAUUGUUUGUUGAAAGCUACAGUAUGGUAAUCUGUGACUGUUUGUAUCUACUCAAUACAGAGUAGAAACAGUAGUGUUCCGUUACUGGUGAUGUAUCUACUGGUAAAUGUACUGUCUCUAACCAGCAGCUAUGAUGUGAAUGUGCAAAUAUGGUUCAAAACAUCACUAGAUUUGUCACUUUCCUAUUUUUUAAAAUAACCACUAAUUUGAGGAGCAAUUCAUUUGAAUCACAUAAUUGCCAACAGUGUUCAUGCUAGAACACAUAAGUCUGUGGUCUCUUUGGUUUAAAUAAUCUCAAAAUAAGCCAAAAGAGCUUGUUUUACCUGAUGUGUAAGAUAAGAGAAAUUAAAAUAAAAAUGAAAAUAAAAAUCUGUAUGUAAUAAGUG